GUCCCAGACCUGUCAUAUUAUCGAAAGAUGAAGACUUCGUAUUGGCAACUGAUUGAAACAACCCACCGGGAAGCAGCUACGGUACUACUCCAGCUCUCAAUUACUGGGGGAACGGUGUCACGGCGAGAGAGUUUCGACAUCGUGGGAGCCAUGAGCUAUUCUUCCGACGUGAGAGAUGCAGAGGCCCGUAUCCGAACCUCCCGCAGUGUCCCACAGUCAUCCCCAGAUACUCUCCCUGGAGGAAUAGAGGGGAGAUAACUGGGUGCUCCACGCGUUCCUGGACUCUGAAACCUCAACGGCUGUCACGAUUACUGCAUUCGAUGCCGGAUUGAGGAGUUGGAGUUGCCGGCUUGUACGACUUCCUCUGCCCCUUUGGCCUCUGGCCUUCGAAUGAGGAUACUCC